AUGGCGGAGGGCCUGGAGCGCGUCCGCGUCUCGGCCGCCGAGCUGCGGGACAUGGUGGCGGCACAGGCCCGAGCCGCCGCCGCCGGGGGGACGGAAAACAUGACAGAGGUGAAGGAGCCGAGGCACCGCAAAGACAACCGGCGCCCGGACCUGGAGAUUUACAAGCCCGGCCUCUCCCGGCUGAGGAGCAGCAAGCUGGUGUCACCAAAGCACGAGGCCGCCGAGAGGGAGAGGAGCGGGGCUGAGGAGGGCAAGGAGGAGAGCGCUGCUGAGAAAGGACCUUCAGGAGGGGCUCCGGUCGCAGAGGACUUGGGCAAAGGCGACAGCCACAGGCAGAACGGCCCUUUGCAGGGGGCCGAGGAGACGGAGGCUAAAGGUGGGCGUCAGAGCCAGGAGAGCUCGUGCAAACAGCUCGCUGCGGACGAGUGGUGUCCCAAGACCGUGAGGAGAGCCAAGAAGCCGGACCAGCAGAUCUACCAGCCCGGGAAGCGCCUGCAUUCGGCCGCCAAAGAACCAGCCCUGCGCUCAGCUGUAGAGGAGGUCGCCUGCAAGAUGGAGCAGCUGAGAGUCGAGGGAGACAAAGAGGCUGAGAAAGGUACCGGCAAAGACACCAGGAAAACCAAGGCGGGCAAAGAGGACAGAGAGGGAAGCCAGGCCGGGGAAGGAGGGAAAGCCUCGAGGGGAGAAAAAGGAAGACGGACGGAGCGAAGCGACAGGCUGAGGAGAACAAACGACGAGGUGAUGCAGGGGAAGCUGGGCUCCACGAAGCGCUACUCCCGCUCUGACAAGCGGCGCGGCCGAUACCGCACCUGCAGCACCAGCUCAGCCGGCAGCAACAACAGCGUGGACGGGGCCCCGCUCGUGGACGGGGUGGAGAGGCGGCAGGAGCGGGCCAGGGAAAGGGCACGUCCUAGGAAGCAGCUCUCCGCGUCCUCCACGGACUCCUUGGACGAGGACAGAAUCGACGAGGCAGAAGCGUACGUCCCCAGCAGGCUUUUAGACAAGAAGAAGCGUUCAGAGCAGGGUCGAGCUUCUCGGAGCGAGAGCGAGUGGAGCAGCAACGGCCGGGAGGUGAAGGGAUCCUUCCGAGUCACGUUUGACAGCAGGACCACGAGCAGGGACAUCAGCCUGGCAGACGCGGAUAAAAAAAAGCCCCUGAAGGCGUUUGCUGGCUGCAAUGACUCAGAGACUUCGGAGGCGAGGAGCCAGAGCAGAGAGCCCCAGGGGAGGGGCCGCGGGAUCCUGUUCCUGCCUGCCAACACCGACCUCUCUGCCAGCACCGCGGGCUCCCCCGAACCCGGCCACCCCGGGCCCCGGCUGCUGCUCGCCGGCGCCGGGACCAAAACCUCGCGAAGCCGGGGCCGCGGCGGCACCGCUCGCAGGCUGUGGGACCCCAACAACCCGGACCAAAAACCUGCCCUGAAGAGCCAGAGCGCUCAGCUCCACUUCCUAGACACCGACGACGAAGUGAGCCCCACCUCCUGGGGGGAAGCCCGGCAGGCCCAGACGUCCUACUACAAGUUCCAGAACUCCGACAACCCCUACUACUACCCCCGGGCCGCCGGGCAGGGCCCGCAGUACCCGUACGGCGGCUACUCCCUGCAGUAUCCCCUGGGUCCCAGCAACGGGGUGUACCCAGGAGCCUAUUACCCGGGGUACCCCGGCCAGGCGGGGCAGUACGUGUGCGGCCCGCUCCCCCCGGCCCCUCUGAGUCCCGAGAUGGAGCAGCAGAUGCGGAGCAUGCAGCAGCAGGAGCUCAGCAAGCUCCUGCGCGAGGCUGGGAACCAGGAGCAGCAGCUCAGCAAUCUGCUGUCCAGAGACCGCAUCAGCCCGGAGGGGCUGGAGAAGAUGGCCCAGCUGAGGGUGGAGAUGCUGCAGCUGUACGAGCGGUGCCUCCUGAUGGACAUCGAGUUCUCAGACGCACAGAACGUGGACCAGCUGCUGUGGAAGAACGCCUUCUACCAGGUGAUCGAGAAAUUCCGGCAGCUUCUCAAGGACCCUCUGGGGGAAAACGCCCAGGAAAUUCGGAUCAAACUCCUCCAGCUUCUAGACGAGGGCACUUUGUUUUUCGAUGGCCUGCUCCAGAAGCUGCAGGUGUCGUACCAGUUCAAGCUGGAGGACUACAUGGACGGGAUGGCCAUCCGCAGUAAGCCCCUGCGGAAAAUGGUGAAGUACGCGCUGAUCAGUGCUCAGAGGUGCAUGAUUUGUCAAGGGGACAUCUGCCGAUACCGAGAGCAAGCAAACGACACAGCCAACUACGGGAAGGCACGCAGCUGGUACCUGAAGGCUCAGCAAAUCGCUCCCAAGAACGGCCGCCCGUACAACCAGCUGGCGCUCCUGGCCAUAUACACGAGGAGAAAGCUGGAUGCCGUCUACUAUUACAUGCGCAGCCUGGCUGCCAGCAACCCCAUCCUCACAGCCAAGGAGAGCCUCAUGAGCCUGUUCGAAGAGACAAAACGCAAGGCGGAGCAGAUGGAGCAGAAGAAGCAUCAGGUGCUGGAGCUGAGCCCCAGCCGCCGGGGGAAGGGCAAGAAGUCCACGUUGCGACAAGUUGGGGACGACGCCACGCGGCUGGAGAUCUGGAUCCAUCCCUCCCACCCCCGCUCCUCCCAGGGCCACGAGUCCGGCAGGGAUUCUGAGCAGGACAACGGUCUUGGGAACCUCAGCCCCAGCGACCUGAACAAAAGGUUCAUCCUCAGUUUUCUCCAUGCCCAUGGGAAGCUGUUUACCAGGAUUGGGAUGGAGACGUUCCCUGCGGUGGCCGAAGAGGUCCUGAGGGAGUUCCAGGUCCUGCUGCAGCACAGCCCCCCUCCCAUCGGCAGCACCCGCAUGCUCCAGCUCGUGGCAAUCAACAUGUUUGCGGUGUACAACUCCCAGCCCAAAGAGUGCCUCUCCGAGGACUGCCGCUCCGUCAUCCAGGAACAGGCCACGGCCCUGGGGCUCUCCAUGUUCGCCCUCCUGGUGAGGCGCUGCACCCACCUGCUGCGGGAGUGGGCGCAAGUUCAGCCACAGGAGGUGGAGCAGGAGGAUGAGGAGGAUGACAUCAAGGUCUCUGCCCUGCCCCAGGACCUGAAGGAGCUGCUCCCCAGCGUGAAGGUCUGGUCGGACUGGAUGCUUGGCCACCCGGACACCUGGAAUCCUCCUCCGACCUCUCUGGAGCUCCCCAAACAGGUCUCAGUAGAUGUGUGGGCGACGCUGGCUGACUUCUGCAACGUACUGACCACGGUGAAUCAGUCGGAGGUGCCCCUGUACAAGGACCCAGAUGACGACCUUGCCCUGCUCAGCCUGGAAGAGGAUCGGCUGCUCUCGGGCUUCGUUCCCCUGCUGGUCGCCCCCCAGGAGCCCUGCUACGUGGAGAGGACCUCGGACAAGGUUAUUGCAGCCGACUGCAAGAGGGUCACAGUUCUGAAGUAUUUCCUGGAAGCCCUUUGUGGACAAGAAGAGCCUUUGCUGGCAUUCAAGGGUGGAAAAUAUGUGUCAGUGGCACCCGUCCCAGACGCCAUGGGAAAGGAAAUGGGAAGCCAAGAGGGAAAACAACUGGAAGAUCAGGAAGAUGAUGUGAGGAUCGAAGCAUUUGAAGAUGACUCAGAGGCUGAAGGCAGCGGAGGGGAGCUGGACAUCAAGGAGCUCAGAGCCAAGAAGCAGGCGCUGGCCAGGAAAGUAGCGGAGCAGCAGCGGCGGCAGGACAAGAUUCAGGCUGUGCUGAAAGACCAGAGUCAAAUGAGGCAGAUGGAGCUGGAGAUCAGACCCGUCUUCCUGGUGCCGGACACCAACGGCUUCAUCGACCACCUCGGCAGCUUGAUGACGCUGCUGGACUGCAGGAAAUUCAUCCUGGUGGUGCCCCUGAUCGUGAUAAACGAGCUGGAUGGCCUGGCCAAGGGCCCGGAGAUGGAGCACCGGGCCGCAGGCUAUGCCCGCCAAGUGCAGGAGAGAGCCAGGAAGUCCAUCGAGUUCCUGGAGGAGAGGUUUGAGAGCCGGGACAACUGCCUGAGGGCUCUGACCAGCCGGGGCAACGAGCUCGAGUCCAUCUCCUUCCGCAGCGAGGACACCACCGGGCAGCAGGGAAACAACGAUGACCUGAUCCUGUCCUGCUGCCUCCACUAUUGCAACGACAAGGCCAAGGACUUCAUGCCCUCUAACAAAGACGAUCCCAUCCGUCUGCUCCGCGAAGUGGUUCUGCUGACGGACGAUCGGAACCUGCGAGUCAAAGCGCUGACCCGCAACGUGCCGGUGCGGGACAUCCCCACCUUCCUCAAGUGGGCCCAGGAGGGCUGA